GUUUCUGACAGCUUAACCCGUCUUCCACACAACACGAUGGAUGAUCUUUACGAUGAAUUCGGCAAUUACAUCGGAGAGGCUGCAGAUUCAGAUGAAGAGGCUCAGCACGAGGAAGUGAAGCCGCAAGCUUUUGCCUUCGAUGAAGCCUUUGGAGAGGGGGAAGAUGAGGAAUUAGAUGAGCAGCAGUCUAUGGAGGUGGACGAAGGUCCAUCAAAUGCCGUGAUCCUACACGAAGACAAACAAUACUACCCUAGUGCACAGCAAGUCUACGGAACAGAAGUGGAGACUUUAGUCCAGGAAGAAGAUACACAACCUCUCUCUGAGCCUAUCGUUGCUCCAGUACAACAAAGGAAGUUCGCGAUUGAAGAGGCUGAGCUCCCUCCAGUUCACUUCUCGCGGGAGUUUAUGACAGAUCUCCUAAAUUUUCCUGAUCAAAUAAGAAACGUCGCGAUUGUCGGUCAUUUACACCAUGGAAAAACAGCGUUCAUGGAUAUGCUUGUAAUGCAGACGCAUGACUUGACAAAACGGCUAGAGAAACGAGCAGGCAGAAAAAAGGAAGAACAGCUUCGCUACACCGAUGUCCAUUUCUUAGAAAGAGAGAGAGGACUCUCUAUCAAAUCAGCUCCCAUGAGUUUAGUCCUUCAGGGCACUAAAGAGAAGUCUCAUUUAUUCAACAUUAUUGAUACCCCGGGGCAUGUGAACUUCGUGGAUGAAGUGGCUGCAGCAUCACGUCUUGUUGACGGCGUGGUGGUAGUUGUUGAUGUUGUGGAAGGUGUACAAUCAAAUACCGAGCAAAUAAUCAAACACGCAGUGCUAGAGGGCCUUCCUCUAACCAUGGUUGUGAACAAAAUGGAUCGGCUGGUACUUGAGCUGAAAAUACCACCCAACGACGCGUAUUUCAAGCUGAAGCAUGUGAUCGAAGAGGUCAACACGGUUAUUGAGAAUGUAUUGCCUGGCCAGGGUGAAAGUCGGCGACUCAGCCCGGAAAAGGGCAAUGUUGCAUUCGCGUGUGCUUCUAUGGGAUGGUGUUUCACCCUCCAAUCAUUUGCCAAAAUGUAUGCCGAAACCUAUCCUCAAAUCGAGACAUCAGAUUUUGCGCGGCGCCUUUGGGGUGAUAUCUUUUUCAAUCCAAAAAGCCGAAAGUUCACACGAAAAGGAGUUGAGGAAAAUUCUAAGAGAACUUUCGUCAAAUUUGUUCUAGAGCCAAUCUACAAGCUCUAUUCCCACACUAUAAGUGAGAGCCCGGAAGACUUGAAGCAAACACUGGCGAGCGUCGGCAUCUAUUUGAAACCAUCUCAACUGAAGUCAGACGCAAAUGAGCUGCUCAAGCUAGUUUGCGAACAGUUCUUCGGCCCGGCUACAGGAUUUGUAGACAUGAUAGUACAGCAUGUGCCUUCUCCAGCCGAUGGUGCGCGGAUGAAGCUGGAACGGUACUACACUGGACCCCUCGAUUCGAAAAUGGCCACUGCUAUGACUGCGUGUAACGCAGAUGGCCCACUCGUUGUCCAUAUCACGAAACUUUUUACUAGUACAGAUGCAUCAAGUUUUAACGCGUUUGGAAGAAUAAUGAGUGGGACUGCUCAACCUGGUCAACAAGUCCGAGUGUUAGGUGAGGGUUAUACUCCUGAAGACGAAGAAGACAUGGUGACCGCGACUAUUUCCGACACGUGGAUUGCCGAAACUGCCUAUAACAUCACAACCAGCGGUGUUCCCGCCGGAAACUUGGUUCUCCUGGGCGGUGUGGACAAUUCGAUCGUGAAGACAGCGACUAUUGUGCCUUUAAAACUUGAUGAUGACGAAGAAGCGUACAUAUUCAAACCAAUUCGGCAUAUGACGGAGUCUGUUUUUAAGGUCGCCGUUGAGCCGGUCAACCCAUCUGAACUACCUAAAAUGCUUGAUGGUCUCCGUAAAGUCAACAAGAGCUACCCCCUGAUUUCAACCAAAGUCGAGGAGUCUGGGGAGCAUGUCGUCUUAGGAACCGGUGAGCUUUAUAUGGAUUGCGUACUCCAUGACUUGCGACGUCUUUUUUCAGAGAUGGAGAUUAAGGUCUCGGACCCUGUCACCCGCUUUUGCGAGACAGUUGUUGAGACAUCGGCUAUUAUGUGCUAUUCCAUCACUCCAAACAAAAAGAACAAGAUAACCAUGAUUGCGGAGCCCUUGGAUGACGGGAUCGCAGAGGACAUUGAAAGUGGUAAAGUCAACAUCAAAGACCCGAUUCGCAAGGUGGCGCGGUUUUUUGAAGACAAGUACGAUUGGGAUAAACUAGCAGCGAGGAGCAUUUGGGCCUUUGGCCCAGAUGAGAUGGGACCUAACAUAUUACAAGAUGAUACUUUACCAUCCCAGGUUGAUAAGAGGCUUCUCGGAGGCGUCAGGGACUCUAUUACGCAAGGCUUUAGCUGGGGUACAAGGGAAGGUCCACUUUGUGAAGAGCCAAUUAGAAACACAAAAUUCAGGCUCACGGACGUCUCCCUUGCCGACCAGGCUAUCUAUAGGGGCGGUGGUCAAAUCAUUCCCACUGCCCGACGCGCGAUUUACUCGUCGUUCCUCAUGGCAUCUCCUCGCUUGAUGGAACCCAUCUAUUCUUGCACGAUGACAGGGCCUGCGGAUGCCGUCGCUUCGGUGUAUACUGUCCUUGCACGCAGGAGAGGCCAUGUCCUCUCUGAUGGGCCGAUCGCCGGUACACCACUUUAUUCAGUCCGCGGUCUAAUUCCAGUGAUAGACUCGUUCGGAUUCGAGACAGACCUUCGAAUCCAUACACAAGGCCAAGCUGCAGUUAAUCUUGUCUUCGAUAAAUGGAGCGUCGUUCCAGGAGAUCCGUUGGACCGUGAUAUCAAGGUAAAGCCACUGGAGAUGGCACCUGCAAUGGCCACCGCUCGGGACUUCGUACUGAAGACUAGGAAACGGAAAGGCUUGGGGGAGGAUGUCACCGUAAGCAAGUUUCUCGAACCGGAGCUCUGGAGAGGCCUGAAGGAGAGUGGUGUUUUGGAUUCAUGAUUUGUUAAUUUCUGGGCUUCGAUGGAACAUCAUAAUUUCCAUAUAGUUAUAUUGUUCGUAUAGAAUAAAAGAAAAUAGCCGGGCCCGGUUAUCCUUGUGAU